GACUGCUCAGGUUUCUGAGAGCAUUAGUGAGUGUCAGGUGUAAAGGUUCAAUGUUUAGUGUGUGGUGAACCAUGUCUGUGUUGGAUAGUGUUGUUCUCCAGACUCCCAACUUGGUGACUCUGCUGGGGACUGUGGUGUUUCUGCUGCUCCUCUACCUCCUCUCCUGCAGCUCUCAGGAACAGGGGAAGGAUCCUCCAGGACCCAGACCACUACCUCUGCUGGGGAACUUACUGAUGCUGGAUCUUAGCAGGCCCUACCAUGGACUCUUUGAGCUCUCCAAGAAAUAUGGAUCUGUGUUCACAGUCCAUUUUGGACCCAAGAAGGUUGUAGUCUUGGCAGGAUAUAAGACAGUCAAGAAGGCUCUGGUCAACCAUGCUGAGGAGUUUGAAGAUAGAGACAUCAUUCCCAUAUUCCAUGACUUAACCAAAGGACAUGGAAUCAUGUUUGCUAACGGAGACUCCUGGAGAGAGAUGAGAGGCUUUGCUCUCACUACCCUCAGAGACUUUGGGAUGGGCAAGAAGAUGAGUGAGGAGAAGAUCAUAGAGGAGUGUCAAUACAUCAUUGAAGAGUUUGAGAAACACGAGGGUAAAGCAUUUGACACAACCUGGCCCUUGCACCAUGCUGUCUCCAACAUUAUGGCAGCCAUCUUGCAUGGCAACAGGUUUGAAUACACUGACCCCCAGUUCAAGGGAUUGGUGGACAGAACCUAUGAGACCUACAGUCUACUGGGCACUGCAUCAAUCCAGUUAUACAACACAUUUCCCUGGACGGGUCCCUGGCUGGGAAACUGGAGACGAAUAAUGAAGCUUGCUGACAUCAACAAGGAAGUGAUUAACUCUUUAAUCAGUGGUCUGAAGGAGACUCUGAACUCUCAGAUGUGCCGAGGCUUUGUGGACUCUUUCCUGACCAGACGGCAGCACCUGGAGGAAUCUGGGAGCGAGGCUUCUUUUUACCAUGAUGAUAACAUGGUGAGUUCUGUGGCCAACCUGUUUGCUGCUGGAACAAUCAACACAGGAACUAUGUUACGCUGGGGACUCUUGCUCAUGGCCAAGUAUCCUCACAUACAAGACCAGGUUCAGGAGGAGAUCAGCAGGGUGAUAGGAAGUCGUCAGGUCUUGGUAGAGGACAGGAAGAACCUUCCCUACACUGAUGCUGUCAUCCAUGAGACUCAGAGACUGGCCAACAUUGUACCCAUGUCCCUCCCUCAUGUCACCAGCAGAGAUGUCACCUUCCAGGGAUAUUUUAUCAAGAAGGGGACUUCUGUGAUUCCUCUACUGACGUCAGUUCUGCAGGAUGAGAGCGAAUGGGAGAACCCCCAUACCUUUAACCCCGCCCACUUCCUGGAUGACAAGGGGAAGUUUGUCAAGAGGGAUGCCUUCAUGCCCUUCUCUGCUGGUCGCAGGGCGUGUCCUGGGGAGGGUCUGGCCAGGAUGGAGCUGUUCCUCUUCUUCACCUCUCUCCUCCAACACUUUCGUUUCUCUCCUCCACCCGGGGUAACAGAGGAUGAUCUGGACCUCACUCCAGCUGUGGGCUUAAUCCUCAACCCUUCACCCCACCAGCUGUGUGCUGUCAGACAACUCUAAAUAUUGAGACGAAUAUGUAGACAACCAUGUAAAAACCUCAGUAAACAUGGACGAUAUGUCUCUAUGCUGCAAUGCCUGAAGGUGCAGCUAUAUUAUUUGUUUUUACUUUUAACCAUUCAUGCGAAUUGUGUCAUUAAUAAGGAAUAAAAAUUUAUUUUGUA